AACUUGAAGGCAUCUAAUAUAUUUCAGCCAUGGCAGAUGAGUUUAGUGCAGGAACAAACUGGUGGGAUAGAACAGCUGCAGGUUCUUCUUCUUCAUCAUCUUCUGUUCUAAACAAUAGCUUGGGAACUUUUGGUUGGGAGAUGGCCGAUAUGAAGCCAGCAUCUUCCAUUGAUUCCAUCUCACCACCAUCAUCAGUCGUUUUCCAAGAUAACCCAAGACUUCAAGCUGGAGCUGCUAAUAAUUUACACAUGAUGGAGCUCGGCCUUUCCUCUCAAUCCAUGGACUGGAAUCAAGCUUUUAUUCGUGGGGAAAAGAAUGAGACUAGUUUCAAACCCAUGCUCGAAGAACAUAAUCUGGAAACUUCAACGAUUCUGCAAGGAUUCAUGUUGGGGUCUGAAAACAAUCAAGUUCACGAGAGUCGUUCAAUCAAUGAUUAUCAAUAUGGGAUGAACAGCAAUGAUCAUCAUCAGUUGUUGCCUAAUUCUUGGUCUAAAGUCCCUCAAUUCUUGAGAAAUUCGCCUCCGAAGCAUGGACAAUUACAUUUCUCAAAUAAUGCUCCCUUUUGGAAUCCAUCAGCAGCGGCUGCUGAUCAUAAUGUCAGCCCGCCUGGGUUUCUCCCAUCACUGCAAACCCAGAUUCAAACAACGAAUUUCGAUGAAAACCCAAAGAAUAUAUCUGGGGUACGAGACUCAAGCACUGUGGUGAAGAAAAGUGGAAACGAACCCUCAUCUAAAAGGCCUCGAAGUGAAACCCCAUCUUUGCCCGCUUUCAAGGUGAGAAAAGAGAAGAUGGGAGAUAGAAUCUCUGCACUCCAACAAUUGGUUUCACCUUUCGGAAAAACUGAUACAGCCUCGGUGCUGUCAGAAGCCAUUGAGUACAUAAAAUCCCUCCAUGAUCGAGUCAAUAUUUUAAGUACUCCAUACAUGAAAAAUGGAGCUGCCACUCACUAUCAUCACCAGAGCUAUGAUAAGUCCAUGGACCCUGAAGGGUUUAAACAAGAUCUAAGAAGCCGGGGACUAUGUCUCAUGCCGGUCUCGAGCGCGUUUCCGGAGACGCACGAGUCGACGGUGGAUUUUUGGACACCGACGUUUAGGGGAACAUUCAGGUAGAAACAAAGAUAUAACAAUGGAUUAGGGUUAUUCAAA